GGCGGCAGCCUCCCUCGAGCCAUGGCGGCGCCUGUGAGGAGGAGACUCAGUGUUUGAGAAGGCUAAGCGAGGACUGCGCCGCAGUGGUUACUUUUUAAAAUCUCUGAGCGUGCCUUCAUAAAGUAGUGCCAACAAUGGCUGACGACAGCGUGUUACCAUCUCCUACUGAGAUAACUAGCUUGGCAGACUCUUCAGUGUUUGACUCUAAAGUUACUGAAAUGUCCAAGGAAAACUUGUGCUUGGCGUCUACUUCAAAUGUUGAUGAAGAAAUGCCGCAGGUUGAAGCAAGAGUGAUAAUGGUCCAGGAUGCUGGGAAACAAGAAGAACUUCUAACGGCCUUAAAGACUAUUAAGAUAAUGGAAGUCCCUGUUAUAAAGAUAAAAGAAAGUUGUCCUGGAAAAUCGGAGGAAAAAUUAAUAAAAAGUAUUAUUAAUAUGGAAAUGAAAGUGCCCUGUGUAAAGAUGGACUCAAUGGAAGAAUUUGAAAGUUUGGAUUCCCCAGAAUUUGAGAAUAUAUUUGUAGUUACUGACUUCCAGAAUUCUGUCUUCAAUGACUUAUACAAGGCUGAUUGUAGGAUUGUUGGACCACCAGUUAUACUCAGCUGUGCACAAAGGGGAGAGCCCUUGCCGUUUUCCUGCCGGCCGCUGUAUUGUACAACGAUGCUGAACCUGGUGCUCUGCUUCACUGGAUUCAGGAAGAAGGAGGAGCUUGUCAAAUUGGUGACAUUGGUUCAUCAUAUGGGUGGAGUUAUUCGAAAAGAAUGUAAUUCCAAAGUAACACAUCUGGUGGCAAAUUGUACACAAGGCGAAAAAUUUAGGGUUGCUGUGAGCCUGGGCACUCCAAUUAUGAGGCCAGAAUGGAUUUAUAAAGCAUGGGAAAGACGCAAUGAACAGUGUUUUUGUGCAGCAGUUGAUGACUUUAGAAAUGAAUUUAAAGUUCCUCCAUUCCAAGAUUGUAUUUUAAGUUUCCUGGGAUUUUCAGAUGAAGAGAAACAUAGUAUGGAAGAAAUGACUGAAAUGCAAGGAGGUAGCUAUUUACCAGUUGGGGAUGAAAGGUGCACUCACCUUAUUGUUGAAGAGAAUACAGUAAAGGACCUUCCAUUUGAACCUUCAAAGAAACUUUUUGUUGUCAAGCAAGAGUGGUUCUGGGGAAGCAUUCAGAUGGAUGCUCGUGCAGGAGAGACUAUGUAUCUGUACGAAAAGGCUAAUACUCCUGAGCUCAAGAAAUCGGUGUCUCUGCUUUCUCUAAGUACUCCAAACAGCAACCGCAAGAGACGGAGAUUGAAAGAGACCCUGGCUCAGCUCUCCAGGGAGACUGACCUCUCUCCUUUCCCUCCCCGUAAGCGGCCCUCAGCUGAGCACUCUCUUUCUAUUGGCUCACUCCUGGAUAUCUCCAACACACCAGAGUCCAGCAUCCACUAUGGAGAAACACCGAAGUCCUGUGCUAAGUCUUCUAGAAGUUCUACUCCAGUUCCUCCAAAGCAGUCAGCCAGGUGGCAGGUGGCGAAAGAGCUCUACCAGACUGAGAGCAAUUAUGUCAAUAUACUGGCCACAAUCAUUCAGUUAUUUCAGGUGCCCUUAGAAGAAGAAGGACAACGUGGUGGACCUAUUCUUGCACCUGAGGAGAUCAAGACUAUUUUUGGGAGCAUCCCAGAUAUUUUUGAUGUGCAUAUGAAGAUAAAGGAUGAUCUUGAAGACCUUAUUGCUAACUGGGAUGAGAGCAGAAGUAUUGGUGACAUCUUUCUUAAAUAUGCAAAAGAUUUGGUAAAAACCUACCCUCCGUUUGUAAACUUCUUUGAAAUGAGCAAGGAAAUGAUCAUUAAAUGUGAGAAACAAAAGCCCAGAUUUCAUGCUUUCCUCAAGAUAAAUCAAGCUAAACCAGAAUGUGGACGACAGAGCCUUGUGGAACUUCUCAUCCGGCCAGUGCAGCGGCUACCCAGUGUCGCUUUACUUUUAAACGAUCUUAAAAAGCAUACAGCUGAUGAAAACCCAGACAAAAGCACUUUAGAAAAAGCUAUUGGAUCACUAAAAGAAGUAAUGACACAUAUCAAUGAGGAUAAGAGAAAAACAGAAGCACAGAAGCAAAUUUUUGAUGUUGUUUAUGAAGUAGAUGGAUGCCCAGCUAAUCUCUUAUCUUCUCAUCGGAGCCUGGUGCAACGAGUGGAAACGGUUUCCCUUGGUGAGCACCCUUGCGACCGAGGAGAGCAAGUCACUCUCUUCCUCUUCAAUGACUGCCUCGAGAUAGCAAGAAAGCGGCACAAGGUUAUUGGCACUUUUAGAAGUCCUCACGACCGCACCCGGCCCCCAGCUUCUCUGAAGCACAUUCAUCUCAUGCCUCUUUCUCAGAUUAAGAAGGUGCUGGACAUCCGAGAGACAGAAGAUUGUCACAAUGCCUUUGCCUUGCUUGUAAGGCCACCAACAGAACAGGCCAAUGUCCUGCUCAGCUUCCAGAUGACGUCAGAGGAGCUUCCAAAGGAGAGCUGGCUGAAGAUGCUGUGUCGACAUGUAGCCAACACCAUUUGUAAGGCUGAUGCUGAGAAUCUUAUGUAUGUGGCUGAUCCCGAAUCUUUUGAAGUAAAUACAAAAGAUAUGGAUAGUACAUUGAGUCGAGCAUCUAGAGCAAUAAAAAAGACUUCCAAAAAGGUUACAAGGGCAUUCUCUUUUUCCAAAACUCCCAAGAGAGCCCUGCGGAUGGCUCUUUCAUCAUCCCAUAGCUCAGAGGGAAGGAGUCCUCCGAGCAGUGGCAAACUUGCUGUGAGCCGUCUGUCCAGCACAUCAUCCUUAGCAGGUAUUCCAUCUCCCUCCCUUGUCAGCCUCCCUUCUUUCUUUGAACGGAGAAGUCAUACAUUAAGUCGAUCUACAACUCACUUGAUAUGAAACAAGUCCUGUGGGACCUUAUGCUUCAACAAGAUGCUGACUUUCGUGGUACUUUGAAUUAGCACUUGGUAAAGUUGUAGAGAGGAUUAGUAACACUAACCAACGCUGUUUUAUUUUCUUGAAAUACAUUUUUCAAGAUGGUCUGUGUAAAAAAAUAUGAUUUUGAUGUAAUUUAUCCUUAUUUGAAUCUCACAUCUGAAGACCAGUG